UUUCUACACACUCGAUAUUACUGAUUAUAAACACAGUGCGAGUUUAAAAUAGUCUUGAAUAUACCAGUCGAUGCAGGGUGAGAAUAUUAGAGCAAUUUUAUUCUUCUUGCAGGGCGAAAGGGAAAUAGACAUUAGCAGCGUAAAUAAAUUACAAUACACAGGUAAAAGAUACGCCCGCCUGGUGGAGGUGUGUUGAGAAGACGGACAGAGGAAAAAGUUGUAAACUAAUGCAGUUAAGAAAGCCACAGUUUUAUUUCGUCUCUCGUAGUAAAUCAGAAACCUUGACCCUCAAGUAAGAAAUCAAUAUUUAUAAUGGAAUUCACGAAGUGCUCUGUUAUGUUGUUAGAAAGUUAUCGUCAAGUUCAUAAUGAAAUUUUGAAAUUCGAUGGAUUUACAUGUUUAGAAACCGUUUAGAUUUGGUCGUAGUUUUAGACAUUUUCUAGUGAAUUUAGAAUACGUUUUGCAACGGACAAAUUAUGGAACUAAAUAUAUUCAUGUAAAUAUUAAAAGGAAGUACCGCACGUAAAUACUCGUUUAUAAGUGUAGAAUCUAGUUAGAAAAUAAGUUGCACAAAUUAAAAAAAAAACAAACAAAAAGUUCCUUUCGUCGAAGUUUUAUUUUUCUGCCUCGUCGAAAGAGUAGUUGAGGUAUUUAGAGCAUAAAAGUUUCCAUAAACCGCAUGCUGUUCCUGAUAGUUGUAGUUUUCACUUUAUCUCAGCUUUUAUUGGCCCCUCUCGUUGUCAUUUUUACUACGGAUCUCGAUUCCUAACCGUCUGUCUCUAUCCCCUCACUAUAUGGUUCGUCCACCUUCCUUCCUUUACUUUGGCGCUGCUACUUCUCUUAGUUCUUAAACAGCCUUCAACAAUCGUUCAGUUGUUAAGAAAAAGAAAGAAAGAAAGAAACUACUCUCACAUAACAACAACAAAAAAAAAAAAAGGAAGAAAGCAACAAAGCCGAGUUAAGUGCCACUAAACUUACUUUCCACGACUGCUGCUUUCGUUCGCAACUAGUGCUUUCACUGCAACCCCAACACAUACACAAAACAGAAUAAUGCUGGUAUGGCGGAGACUAUCCUACAGUCUCUGAUACCCGGACUGGAUACGAAUUCAUUUGAGUGUUCUUACCUAAAUUCGGAUUCAAAAUCUGAUAUUGGUGACACUUCUUCUCAGGGUACCAACGAUGACCGACCGGAUAAAGAUCUUGGAGGCUUGUUCGAGGAUAGGUUCCGUGUCGACCGAAGAAAAUUGGAACGAAUGUUACAAGUCUCUGAAAAUUUGCACAAUUCACCAGAAAAACAGCUCAAUGGAUGGACAAAUUGCCAGAGACAAGGAGAGACUUGUGAAUCAGCUGGGGAGUUUUUUAAACGAAUUAUGAAAGAAACUAAUACAGAAGUUACGUGGCCAUCAAAACUGAAGAUUGGAGCUAAAUCUAAAAAAGAUCCUCACAUUAAGGUAAUUGGGAUGCAAAAUGAUGUCAAAGUGGCCAAAGAUAAAAUAAUGAGCAUCUUAGAUACAAAGGGUAAUCGGGUUACACUGAAAAUGGAUGUCUCUCACACUGACCACUCUCAUGUUAUUGGAAAAGGUGGUAACAACAUCAAGAAAGUCAUGCAAGGAACAGGCUGCCAUAUUCAUUUCCCAGAUUCUAAUCGUGGCAAUAAUGUCCAAGAAAAAAGCAACCAGGUUUCUAUUGCUGGCCAACCAUCUGGAGUGGAAAGUGCUCGUAUCCAAAUUCGGGACUUGCUCCCUCUGGUAUUCAUAUUUGAAAUGUCAUUAUCACCUUCAUUAGCAGACCCAGCCUCCUCUCACCUGGUGCAUUUACAGAAGGUUUACAAUGUAACGAUAAGCUUUAAGCAGAAACCUCGGUCAUACAUGACCAUCAUAACAGUGCGAGGUUCUGUCUAUAAUGCCAAAAUGGUGAAAGAAGCAACAGCUCGUCUCAUGGAACAUUUGUUGAAUAAUGUUGGAGGUGUAAGUUUAACUGUCAGUAUGCAGUUGGAAAUUGCUCCUCAGCACCAUUUAUUCAUGAUUGGUCGUGGAGAUGUGAAUAUUAAACAGAUAAUGCAACGGACAGGGGCCAGUGUUUACUUUCCUGAUCCCAAUAAUGUAAGCCCUUUACGGAAGGGGACUGUUUUCAUAACUGGACCCAUUGAAAGUGUCUAUCAAGCCCGACAACAACUAAUUGGAUGUUUGCCCCUUGUAUUGAUGUUUGAUAUCAAAGAAGACAUUGAGAUUGAACCUGCUAGAAUUAGCAUGUUGAUGGAGCAACUGGAUGUAUUUAUCAGUAUCAAGUCAAAACCAAAACAACCCAGCAAGUCUGUCAUUGUGAAAAGUGUUGAGAGGAAUGCUGCUAACAUGUAUGAUGCUCGAAUUCAGUUGUUGGGUUUGGAUAAAGAAACCAAUAACAACAGUCUACCACCACCUUGCAGUGCUAGCACUAAUGGUACCAUUAACAAUCCAAAUACUAAUAUGCUUGGAUUGUCUUCUCUAGGUUAUGUGAUGAAUGGCCACAGUAAUUUAUCAACUAUGCUCAGUCCAGCCAACAGCCCAAGUUCAAACUGUCAGUUAAACCAAUGGGUUGCACCUCCACCAAUUUUGUCUCCACCAGGUGUGUACGGUCAUCGUAUGAUGGUAAUCAAUACAGGUAGUCAAGCCUCCAUACCUUCACCAUUAGAUAUAUUCUCCUCACAGUGCAAUGGUCUCCAUAAAGGAUAUUCUAACCAAACCAAUGGCUCAGCAUCUCAAACUAUUCCAACCAUAUCUACUAAUACAGAUCAAGGUAAUCAAAACCCUAAUGAAAAUAUAUCACCAACUCCACUUCAAAAUCAUUGUGAUAUUCCAACUGAUUUCCAGUAUUCCAGUAAAUUCAACAACAUGUUUAACAAUGACCUAACUUUGGGCUUACUUGACCUUGGUAAACCAUCGUCACCCAUGGCCAAGUUGCAGACAACAAUUUCAAAUGGAGAACUAGCAUCCUCUCUUCAUGAACGAUCAUCUGAAUCUGGCAAUGACUCUGAAGGAUCUGAUAAAUGGGCCCCAGGAAGUGAAAGGAAGAAAUGUGCCACAAGUGGUAAUGGUUUCUUUCCAAAUAACUCUAGUCUUCAACAAACAACUGAUGUUGAUUAUGAACACAGGAAGUUAUUAGCUACGAAAGCAAUGCAAAAGAAACCAGUUGGCGAGUCUAGGGUUCCAACCAACACUUGGUCUGGCAUGGGAUUCUCAAAGUCUUUACCAGAAUCAGUUAUUCGGAAUCGUCUUGGACAAAGCACAUCAAACUACAGUGACUAUAAUCUCAUAACUCCUCCCUACCAACAAAAUGUGACAGAUUUUCCAGAAGUUAAUCGCGAUCCUUGGAAGGAUUCUACAAAAGCUUUAAAUACUCAAAUGCCCACACCAUUGUGGGAAUAUUCCAGUCCUAAAAAGAGAUUUGAAUUUGGUCUAAGUAAUAGCAACCAUGCAGAUAGUGCAACUCUCCCCACAAAGGUAUUGGCUUGGUCAUCUGAAACAGAUCUGGCUGAGUUAUUCAGCAAAUUAGGACUUGGCAAAUAUACAGAUAUUUUUCAGCAGCAAGAGAUUGAUCUUCCUACUUUUAGAACAAUGAAUGACAAUGACUUACGCAUGCUGGGUAUCUCCACUUUUGGAGCACGCAAGAAAAUGUUGCUGGCUAUUACAGAGUUGAAUCACAUGAAACCCCAACUUACGACAACAGCAAUGACGGCAUCGACAGCAAUAAACUCAAACAACUCGUUUCAGGAAAACGAGGCUACUGCAUGGAUGAACAAUCCAAGAGUGGACAUGGGAAGUUUAAGUGGACGAUGGUAAAAAAAUCCAGUAGACACACACACACACGCAUACACACAUAUAUGUGCAGACACCUCAUAGUACCAAAGAUACAAGUGUAAUUAUGGCAUUUAUUCGCUAUAAUGACUGAGGCAAUGGCCAGCCUUAUUGUUGGACAAUGGUUGACUAUCACAACUAUCAACAAUUAUUCUAGUCAUUUUUUUUUUUUCCAAAAUUUUCUAUUUGUUUUGAUCACCAAACUACUUUAAUAUUUACUGUUAGAUUUCCCAAAUGGCUGCACUGAAAGGAGGGUUGUUUUUACAGGAUUUUUAUUUGCCAAAAACAAAUAAAUUAAUCAGGUGUAUAUAUACACAAAUAUACACACACAUAAGGUUGUCGGAUUAAUUUGGGUUUUUUUUUCCCAUUUAUUUUAUCUUUAUUUUUCAUUACCUAUUCUCACAGUCAAUAAUACAUUACUGACUAGUUUAUUAAAACUUGAUGAAAAAUUAGGAUUAAGAUAAGUAGAAAAAAAAAGUGAAUGUAUUUAUCUGACAACCUAAAGCAUACAUAAAUACACACACACACACACACACACAUCUUUCAGUCAUUUGACUGCUGCUAUGUUGGGCCUCAUCUUGAAGGGUUUUAGCUGAACAAAUCAACCCCAGGACUUACUUUUCAAGCCUUUUUUCCUGAGCAUCAAUCUAAUACACCAAUUUGUUGUUCAUACACCUGCCCCAUCUUUUGCUUUUCUGUAAAUUUCAACUAUAUAUAUAUAUAUAUACACACAUACACGACAGGCUUAUUUCAGUUUCCAUCUGCCAAAUUCACUCACAAGACUGGUCAGCCUGAGGCUAUAGAAGACAACACUUGCCCAAGGUGCCAUGCAGGGGGACUGAACCCAGAACCAUGUGGUUGGGAAGCAAGCUUCUUACCACACAGCCACACCUGCACCUAUAUACACACCUGGUUAAUCUGAUGUUUUCUGCAAACACACACACAUCUUGCAACUAGCGGUAAAAGCUAGCUAAACAGCAUAUUUGAAGAUUAUGAUCCUUGAGUAUUGUUUUAACAUAAGAAGGAUUUUUGGUUUAAUCUACUAAAUUUCGAGAAAUGUUCUUCUGAAUAAACAUUACUACAUGGGAUCUAACAUAUUUUACAGGUGAUUUCUAAAAGACAACUUAUUGAUCAAUGUUUUUAAAAAAAAAAUAGAAAAAAAACUAAUGAUCUUUACAGUCUGGAUUAUUUCAACAAAUUACUAUUUUUAGGUCAAAAAUUAAGAAAUUUUAAACAAUGGUUAGAAACUGUAAGACGACUAUUGAGACUAAUGUAAAAAAAAAUUAUUAAAAUUAAAAAGGCAAAACACAAAAAAGCUAUUGAACAGUUUGAGAAUUAAAGCUGUAUGAAAUAUAGGAUGAAAACAGUUGUUAAAAUUGUUGCAACUACUAGCAAAAUUAUGACAUUUUUAAUCUGUAAUGAUGUAAACAUUUUAUUUUAAAGAUGCUUUAAAUUAAUGAGUUGAGAGAGAGUUAUAAGUUUUCUAAUCAAAAUAAUAAAAUAUUAGCUAUAGAUAAAUAAAAAAUGUUUGACUUCAUAUCACUGAUUCUUUCUGCUAGCAUAUUUUGAUCUUUAAUAUCAACACUAUAAAACUAUUGUAUACUAUACUAGCAAUUCAUUGGAAACAACUCCAUUUUAUGAUUUCUAGGGAAAGUGAUUGUGAGUUAACUAUUCUAAUUUGCUUUAUAUAAACAAACUCACACAUAUUUAUAAUUAAUGCUAACAGAAUAAUUUUUUGAAAAACCAUGAAUAAAAUAUUUAUUCAUCAUGGUUUCAGCAUCCAUUCAAAGAGACUGUCAUAAUCUGAGCUAAAAUUGUGAAAAUAUUUUAAGAUUGUAACCAUACAAUUUUGAAAAGGCUUAUAUCUCUAGCAAAUAAUAAUAAUAAUUUCUAACAUAUAUAAUAAAAGAUUGAUUAGUUCUCCUGACAGUAAGAAACAGCCAAACCUGGGAAACUAAAUAGAUAUAAAGUUAAUGUUGGUGAUAAAACAAUCCGUCCAGAUGUUGAAAAGUUAUUUUUGCAUGCUUUUUUGCGAUCAUUUCUCCCUGUUCUAUUUUCUUUUGUAACUGGAAUAACAGUUCUAGAAAGGAAAGAAACACAUUAAAUCAAAAAUAUAAAAACAACAAAAAAAACAAAACAAAGUGCCUUGCAUGACUAAAACAAUUGUCAUUAAAAAUUCUUUCCUUUUUGUCCCAACAUUUCUCCAAAAUAUAAAAUAGGGAGAUGAUAACAUUCAAUAUAUUUUCGCCCCCGCCCAAAAAUGUCUUCCUUUAAAGGUUAAUCACCAUACACGACCAAAGUGGGGAUGUUGUCAGAGUCCUUACUAUUUCUUUGCCUUACCUUACUUGCCAGUUCCAGAAUGAUAAGAUGUAGACAAUUGUUGAUCUCUAGUGGUGCCAGAAAUGGCUAAAGAUUUCUUGAGUGAACAAAAAAGAUAAUAGAAGCUACUAAUUAGGACUGCUAUGAAAGGAGAUGGCUUGUAAACCAUUUUGUGGUUGGUUCAAAGUUGGCUGAAUCUUAAAGUGAGUGGGUCACACCAACUGUAUGAACAAAAAUGAUCCUCUUCGUUGUCUAAUGUUGGACUGAUAUUUAAGAUGACCCAACUGUAAAAAAAUAAUGAAAGAUUCAUAUUUACAAUCGAGAUUUCAUUGAAUGUUUAAACCAGUCAUUGGCUUGUAUUCUCAGAUUUCUUUUUUAUUUUAUUAUUUUUAAUAAUCAAAAAAUCUUAAUCCAUUUUAAGUGGUUUAAGUUUGAAGUGCAAUAAAGUAAAAUAACUCCAAUUCCUACAGCAAUAGACAUUAUAUUAUUUCCAAUACGCACUGAAGCAAAAUAUUUUUUUUUAAUUGUUUGUAGUAGCUCUUACGGAUGGGUCAAAUAAUAAUUUAUUCUUUUAAUGACAAUGAUGAUCCUCUAAAAUAUAGAAAAAUACACAAAACAAAGCUGUGAUUUAUAUUGACAAAUCAAGCAAUACACUCUGCUUCAUGUGGAAUAUCUAAUCAAUAAAUUUCGUGUGAGUUCUAGAAAACAAAUGAAGCUUAUCAAAGAAGUUUAAACAAUGUUUUUACUCAAUCACUGUUUUUAAAAAAAAUUAUAAAUCAGAUGAUAUACAUACAAAUAUCAUUAAAUUAUUUGGUUUCAUAUGAUUUUUUUAUACACACUGAACAUUACUUUCAUAAGUCUUUGGUGUUCAAUCAAAUAUUUGUAUGUAGCAAUUUCGAAAAUUAAAACUAUAUUGCUUAAAAUCAUUUACAUUAGAAUUUGACAGUUAAUAUCCAUCAAAAUACAUGGCAUUCUUUCUAUACUUUGAUUGAAAUCAAUUUAGACAAGAAAACCUCAUUUUUAGAAAUUUUAAAAUAUCAUUAGUAAUGUCUAAAUGCAACUUUUUGGCAUUUAAGAAAUAUGUGCAAAUUUUUAAAUAUAAUUAAUCUAGGAUACAGAUAAUUUAUGAAGAUGCAGUUUUAUAAAUGAACCUUGUAAUUGCACAAUACUCUAUGAAAUGUUAGUUUUAAAUUUCAAGUUGUGUCACAGCAUUCUGCAAGGAAGCAAUAAUUUAGAAACUGUCACAACAAUUUGGAACAAAUGAGAGAAAAUGCUCAAUAACUGAAUGAUUUCACUUGUAAAUGUACCAUUUUACAUGAAUAACUAGGAAUAUUUGAUCUCUUCACCAUUUCCUGCUGUUGUUACAAAUAUUGGAGACAUCUAAUCUACUAACUGACCAUAAAGUUGUUCUAAGUCCCAUUUCUUCAACUGUCCAGAAGCUGUAUCUGUGGAACUAGUGUACAAAAAUCUUGGCAAGCAAAUACAACUGAAUAAAACAUUUUUCUAUCUCUAA